AUGGCUUUAAAUUCAAAAUUUAAGAGAUCCUCGCGAGACGAGUCGAAGAGUAGUGCUCGGAGCGAGGACGUAACUUCCUUGCCGAGUCGAGUUUCGAUCCGCGGCGAGUCUCGCGGCGGAUAUACCGGUUUGGCCGCAUGUUUCUUUGAAAGUGACCGAGCACGAUGUCUUCGACGAAGUCGUUUUCGCCGCUCUGUCGAGACUCGACGUCUCGGAAUCAGCGUGGAAACGAAGGUAGCGUAUAGGUAGCGGACGGUGGACAGAAUUGCGACGUGACUGCGCCUUUUAGGGAUGAGUCCGAUGAUCACUCGCUAGGGGAAAACAGCGAUUGUCAGAGGAGCAUCGUCCUCUGCGACGUGAUUUACUCAGACGAGAUCCACGAAACGGAGCAUCAAUUAGGGGCAUCGCAACUGAGAAACUCGUUGCAGAUCGUGACCUCCUUCCAGAUCGUGUUUUUAUUCACGGCCUACGAAAAUUCACGCGCUACUUCGGAUCUCACAGUUUCGAGCUUCGUUGCGCAACCAAACAACGUGGAAUUUAAUUAUACAGAAAGCGCGGAAAGUUCCUUGAGCAUUUCAGAUUUUUCAGUAAUGUGUCAAGAUCGUUUCUCAUCGGAGAUUUCCUAUGGUCACUCGAACGAACGACUGUUUCUGCGAGACUUCGUAUCUUGCUCAACCGGCACCAGCGGCGGUCGUUUGGCAAGAUGGUUACAACCAGACAGUUUCGUGGAUCCCUCGAAAUGCGAGGCACUUUACUCGAAGGACGAAAUGAAGUGCGGAUGCCCGGCCAUUGUUACCAUACUCACCAGAGACCAGUACGGAGAUGUUGUUUUUGUACCCAAUUUGAAGGUGGACGUGAAGGCGGUACCCAUAGACAAGAAAGACUUGGCAGAUACCGAGCGUGUUUCCCAACUUGACCCAAUGACUUUUGGUGGUCACCCACAACCACCCUUGGACGUUCCUUACGAAGUCACCAUCAACAACAAAACCUGUUUCUAUGCGAUCACUGUCAUGAAAGCUUAUCAGAACUACUCGUUCGAGGAAUUGAGGUUCAUGUCACCGGCCCUUAAAAGAUCGAGCGAGAGCAUGCUGGUGAGACCGAACGGCGAUGGGAGUUACAGCGCCACGUGGACGCCGUCGUCGAUCGGAUGGUAUUCUAUCAUGGUCACGGUCGAUGGAUACAACAUGGAAGAUAAAUAUAAAGUAGAAGUAAAAGAAUCGCCGCAGGGUAUGCAACCGCCUACUCAGAACAUCGUGAAGAAACCGCAACAUCAGCCGAGCAGAUUGAGAAAAUUCGUGGCUAAGAACAGCGCCGGCUUGAGGAUCAGAGCGCAUCCGUCUCUACAAAGCGAGCAAAUUGGCGUCGUUUUGGUUAAUGACACCAUAGCAUUCAUAGACGAAAUUCACAACGACGACGGCGUUUGGCUGCGAUUGAACGCGGAGACGAUAAAGGAAUAUUGCAGCAGCAGUCAUCUGGAAGCCUGGUGUCUCCAGUAUAACCAACAUUUAGGGAAAACUUUACUCCUUCCCGUCGAAGAGCCCAAGUCGAUUUUAGAUCAAGUGAUCAAAGAAACCAUUCUGCGCAAACGACCGGAAGCUGUCGACGAUAAGAGGAAAACGGUGACGUUCGACGGUGGUCGAAACAUGGUCGUCGUAAAGUGCGGUGCUUCCGGUCACAAUAUUAGAAGUAGGCCGGGUUUAAAUGCUGCACCGGUUGGGAAACUGGCUCUUGGCAACAUGGUGACCAUUCAGGAAUAUUUUGUCAACAACGAAGGCACUUGGGUACGCAUGGACGACGAAUCGAUGGCGAAGUACUGUUUCCGAAAAGGUCGAGUUCCCGAGGGUGAAGCCUGGUCCCUUGCCGCCAGCAAACACGGCAUUACCUACAUGAAGAUCGAGCAGGACGUGGAGAUCGAUCCGAUGGAGAAGAAACCGGCGACAGCGGACUCGUCCGAAUCGCCGAAUCAGAAAGGUUUCGACUUCUCCGUGCCUUCUGUGAGUCAUGAGGGCUUCAAUUUCACCGGUCAAAAUUUAACACCAGGUACAGCAGAAUCUGGAGAGGGUAGUAAUACAAAUCCAUUCGUUUUUGGUUCAUACAAUCAACACGAUUCACCAGGAAGCGAUAGGUUCACGCCGGAGAGGGCGGACGUUUCGCCAAAGUUCUCCAAGCCGCAUUCGAAGGAGAGGGUGGUGAAGGAGAGGGAGCGAGAAGGGGGCGGUGGGAAACUGAGCGUCCUGCAGAAGUGGUUGAGAGGCGACGACAAAUGCCACGGGGAGAAAAGAAGCUCGCCUGGCAGGGACUUUUCCGAAUUUGUCGGAGUGUCCGUGAAGGAGCUGGUGAAAGCGAUAGGGGAGAGCCGAGCGAACGGUAACGGGCCCACGCCACCAGACACACCGAGGAGAUUAUCGAGAAGCUCGUCGCCAAAGAAUCCCCAAGGUGGGUCACCGCGAUUUCAGAGCCCGUCCUCUAGCCCGGUUCCAAUACCUGUUUCUGGCGGAAUGAUAGACAGCGUGACGUCGCAGCGACGGGGAUCAACGCAAAGCGACACAAGUGCCUUGGUCAGUAGUCUAACGAGGGAUCCUUCGCAAUCUCCGAGUGCUGUUAGCACAACUGCCAAUACUCGUGACCUCUCUCCGAGCCCGAGUUGUAGCUCUUUACACAUGAGAUCCGAGGGUAGUAUAGCUAGUCCACCUGACACUCCGAAACAAGAAGCUGGAGUAAGUAAAGAAGCGUACUCGUUUAUUCUGGAUUCUCAAGAAAGUCCGAAGAAGGUUUCCCAAGCGCAAACGCAGACGAGUCCGGAGAGCGCGACUACAGCUAUGAAGGGACACUUCAGUAUCGGUUCCAUCGGACCAAAAGACGGAGUGAAGUUAACCAGAAGGGAUCACACGAAAGUAGUGAAAACCAGAACGAAACGCACCAUGUCUCCGAGCAACGCUCAACAGAGCGCGAGCACGAGCCGAACGUUGAAUCUGAGCAAAGACAAGGUGAAAGAAGCGAUCAGCCCGUCGGUGGCCGAGUGUUUGCGAGCGGUGUUUGCAGCGUUCCUCUGGCACGAAGGGAUUGUGCACGACGCGAUGGCUUGUGCCAGUUUCCUCAAGUUUCAUCCUAGUUUACCGAAGCAGGGCGCGCUUGUCGUGACCAGGCAAACAGUGAUACAAUCGACGGACAAACAGAAGCAAGAGCAGAAAGCCAGGCAAAGACACUCGGUCGAGGUGAUCAACGCUGGCAACUACUUAUAUAUACAGCCGAGCACGGUCGAAGCUUUGACACGGUCCGCCGCGAAUGCCAAUGCAAACAGAAAUAGAAAGAAGCAGAAAACAGUCAUCAAAGAGGAGGUCCAGGAAAGCGGGAAGCUGGACUCUUUGCCAGAAUUUCAAACGGUCGCGGUGCUGCCGCCGGCUUUGAAGAGUCUUGUGUUCUUGUGGGAGGAACUUAGCACAAAUUGCCUUCAGACGAUACAGCAACGCUCGGUGUUGCCAAGCCCGAUAUCGCAGAUACAGACGAUGAAGUUGGGGAAACGGCCGGAGAAACGACCGCGUGAAGAUAAACUGAAGGACCGCGAGAAGAAAAGCAGCAGAAAGAAGAAGGAAUGGAAACCAGUCGGUAGAGGGAAUGGAUCCGAGGUACUCGGUGGCAUAGAACGAGAAACGAUUUGCGAACUGUGCGGCUUGAUGUUUCCUCAUCCGGUGACGUAUCACAUGAAAAUGAUGCAUCCCGGUUGCGGAUGGCACGCAGGAGGGAAAGGCUACAACAGUGGAGGGAACUAUUGCAUCGGUUGGGCGGGCAAUUGCGGCGAUGGCGGAGUUGGUGGAAGUUCGUGGUAUCUUAUCUGUGAUACGUGUCGUGACAAAUAUCUGCGAGCGCGGAAGCUCAAGCUCGCGAAGAAGUUCUUGACUGGGAUGACGAAGAAGAAGAACGGCUCUUCCAAAAUCGUGUCGCCAGUUAGUAGUCCUAACGAAAGCGAGACGCACAUAAUCAUGAAGAACAACGCUAUGUUUCUCUUAGACUUGGCUAGCGCGUCCGGAUUGAACAUUCCAAAGCAACAGAGACGGCCAUCGCAGACGUUGUCGUCUGUGGCAGAAAAUUACAGUCCUCCAGAGGCAGCUGGACCAUUCCCACCGACUGGACCCUUCCAAUGUUUGCAAGCUUUAGGAGUUCAUCAUUCGCAGAGUCACGACGAAAGAUACUACGAGGAGACUUUAAGACGUCAAAACGGGCAACAGGCUGCCUACGAUGGAAGCAACGUCAUGGCUAAUACUACGAAUGGAAGGCCUUUGUCGGAAUGUCCUAUAAGUGACAGUGACAGCGAAAGUGGGAAAGGCCGUGGAAUAUUCCAUCGAUCUGUAUCGAUGUCUACUGGUGCUCCGUGGACACGAAAUUCGAACGACGGCAGAGUCGUCAUUAUGCGAAAACGAAACAACAGUAGCAGCGAAAUGAAUACUGAUGCCGGAUCGUCUCUUUUAUGCUAUCCUUCUGCCGCGCUACAGAAGUUAGUACCAUCGAUGAACCAAUCGGCAAUUGUCUCGACGAGUCAAGAUGAAGUCACGAAUAACGACAGAAUAGAAAUUCUCAUGAGACCUGUGAUGUUGUUUGUCCUGCAACAACAUAACUUGCAACAUCUGCAACUUGCAAUGAAGCAGGCGCUAAGACGUGCUGCUUGCAGAGUUUACGCGAUGCAAGCAUUAAAUUGGCUUCUAAGGAGUGUGACACAGCCUAUGUGCCUCCAUGAUUUACUAUGGUGGUUCGUUGCCUCUCUGACACCUACAGUGCCGCCUGACGUUCUAGAUGCGACUAAUGAAGAUAAUAAAACCGAUAAAAAGGAUGACCAUGAAAUGAUCGGCGUAUGCGAGCAUCCCUUAAGCGAUCUCGUCAUAGCAGGUGAAGCUGUUAAUCCAUUACCAACCGUGUUUCAUACUUUGUUGCAAACUAUAGCGGACUUGAUGCUUUUACCACCACCUGGUUCUCCUUUGCAACAAGCUGCCAUUCGAUGCUGGGGUAUCAAGUUCACACCCGCGGAUCACAUGUUCCUUCACAGAAGUCACGUUUUCAGUAAUAUCAGUAAAAUACUCUCCAGAUCCGAGGAGGAAGAAGACGUUACAAUGAGCAUGCACGAAAGCCAUCAAUCGAUUCAUUCUCAACAAGUCAGCAGCUGCGUGGAAGUUUUGAAGGAUUUAACUUGCGGCGUUGAAAUUAAAGCCUCGAGUAGACAAGCUAUGAUAGGUAGUUUGACUGAUAAUUCGACGGAGACUUUCUGGGAAUCCGGUGACGAAGAUCGAAACAAGACUAAGACGAUCAUCAUCAUUUGCGGUGCUCAUUCGCUUCCCCGGAUAGUGUACAUUCACAUAGAUAAUUGUCGUGACUUAACGCACAAAGUGUCUAGUGUUACGUUCCAAUCGGGUAAUAAUGUAGAUGAGAUGAUCAAAUUGAGAACUGUGGAGGUUGAAAGUCGAUUUGCCGGUUGGAUUAACUGUCCGAUUAUUGAUCCACGUCACGUUAUUGUUGGUCUUAAAUUGAAAGGCCCAGACAAUUCAUUGCGAGUGCGACAAAUACGAAUCUUAGGCGAAAUCGAGGGUGAAUCUUUGAAAAUUGGCAAACAGUUGAGUGCACAAACGAUUCAGCAAAGAAAUUGCGAAGCAGAAACGUUAAAAGUGUUCCGUUUAAUUACAUCUCAAGUAUUUGGCAAACUUAUACAAGGUGAGCAACAGCAACAGCAAACAGACACUACGGAAGGAACUAACGAAGACUUGGAGGAUAGCAACGAUCUCCGCGAGCACAUGGUUGGAAUUUUGUUCAGCAGAAACAAUUUGACACAUUUACAGAAACAAGUUUGUACACAUAUUGUUCAAGCAAUUCAGAAAGAAACUAUUCGGCUGAGAGAAGAGUGGGAAACGUUAUUAUGUUCUCCAACUCCUGCUAACAGUUUGUUGAGCGAUAAUAGUGAUCUGCCUAAAGCAGCUGAUACCUAUUGCUUUGAAAUGCUAUCCAUGGUGCUAGCCUUGAGUGGUAGUUCAGUAGGACAGUAUUAUUUGUCACAUCAGUACGGAUUGUUGAAAGAUUUGUUGAGUUUGUUACAUACUGGAUCGGCAAGAGUGCAACGUCAAGUAACAGCUUUGUUGAAGAGAAUUUUACCAGAAAUUAAGCCAGAAAUACUAGCUAGUGUCAUCAAUGUCAAACGAUUACCACCGACUGAUUUUAGUAUUAUAUCCGCGGCAAAUAAUGAUUUUUCACCGAGUGCUGAAUUUGACGAACAUUCCCCGGGGAUUCUCGACGUUUUCUUAAGUUGUAUUGCUAAGGCGCUGUCAGUUCAAGUUAAAGUAAAGGGGAAAGAAAACGGUAAAGCUUUGCAGACUGUUUCGUUAGCUACUAGUAUUCAUCCAAAAAGUCAAGUCGGAGCAAGAUGGUGGUUGAGAGGAUGUAUGACUCGGAAAUUAGCAGAAGUGAUUAUUCAACUUUUGAAAGAUAUGGCAUCGGGAAAAUUGUCUGAAGCUUGGGCGUCAGUGACUAAAGCAGCAAUAGCGGAAAAUAUUCUAAAUCUUACCAGAUUGGACGAGAAGAGCCGUGACCCAGCUGAAUGUCUGAAAACUCCAACAUUGUGGCUUGCUCUCUCUUCCUUGUGUGUAUUGGAUUCCGAUCAUGUUGAGAGAUUGUCCUCCGGUCAAUGGAGCGGUGCUGAGGGACAACCACCACCACCUAGGCCAACAUGCAGUAAUCACGAUGACGGCGAAACAACAGCAAUCAUUCAAUGCAAUGUAUGUGGAAACUUAUGCGCAGAAUGUGAUAGAAUUUUGCAUUUACAUAGAAGAACACGAAUGCACAUAAGACAAGUUUGCAAAGAGGAGGAGGAAGCGAUACGCGUAGAUCUUCACGAAGGUUGUGGCCGCACGAAAUUAUUUUGGAUUUUGGCUCUAGCUGAUAGUAGAACGUUAAAAGCCUUAGUAGAAUUUCGAGACGGGUCUCCUAGGAAACCUGUUGGUGCUACAUCUGGAAUUUGUCGAUUUUGUGGUACUACUGGUAAUACAGGUUUGCUGGCAGUAGGGAACAUAUGUGCAGAUCACGAUUGUCAGGAACACGGUAAAAAUGCGUGCAGCAAAGUACACGUAUGCGGACACAUCUGCGGAGGUGUUCGAAACGAGAGUAGUUGUCUACCCUGUCUACAUAGAUGUCUACCAGGCAGUGAAUUGAAGCAAGAUGCUGACGACAUGUGCAUGAUUUGCUUUACCGAAGCUUUGUCUGCUGCGCCUGCGAUUCAGUUGCAAUGUGGACACGUUUUCCAUUUGCAUUGCUGUAGACAUGUUUUAAUGAAGAGAUGGGUGGGACCUAGAAUAACUUUUGGAUUCUCUCUUUGCCCAAUUUGUAAAGUUCCGAUGGAACAUCCUACUUUAGCUGAUCAAUUGACUAGUAUAAAGGAACUUUACGAAGAUGUCAGAAGAAAGGCUCUAAUGCGGCUAGAAUACGAAGGAUUGCACAAGGUGGAAGCAACAUUUGGACCAGGUGGAAGAUAUCAACAAGAUCCUGCUGCAUAUGCAAUGGAACGUUAUGCAUAUUAUGUCUGUUACAAGUGUCAAAAGGCCUAUUAUGGUGGCGAAGCACGAUGCGAUGCGCAAGUAGGCGGAGAGACAUUUGAUCCCACAGAAUUAGUGUGUGGAGGUUGCAGCGACGUGGCAAGGGCUCAGAUGUGUCCGAAGCACGGAGCAGACUUCCUAGAAUAUAAGUGUCGUUAUUGUUGCUCGGUGGCAGUCUUCUUUUGCUUUGGAACUACACACUUCUGUAACCCCUGCCACGACGACUUUCAACGAGUCACCACCAUUCCAAAAAGCGAAUUGCCUUCGUGUCCUGCUGGACCUAAAGCAAAACAGCUUGAAGGGGACGAAUGUCCAUUACACGUGAAACAUCCACCGACUGGAGAAGAAUUCGCGCUUGGCUGUGGCAUUUGUCGCAAUGCGCAUACUUUCUAAAAAUCUACAAAACUACCAUCACGAUGAAAGUGAUUGAUUCUUGAAACUUUGCUGAACCUUAGCGAUGGCAGUAUAUAUUCAUAUGACUAACCGAAUACAUAGUUUGGUAUAAGCAUCCUCAUAAUUAUGAAUACGUGUCUUUAAGUGCUAUGUGUAUAUUGAUUUUUAAGAAUUCUUAUAAUGAUUGCAAAAGUGGAAUUGAUGCAAUAUAACGAUGCAAAGGAAAUCAAAUAGACAAAACUGAAUCUAGCUACAAUCAUAAGUGAAGAUCCAAUGACGCGCGAAACUAUAUAAUAUUUGUUAAGUAUUACAUAAGUCGUUUUUAUCGGUAAUUAUAGAAAUUCUUGAAACGCGUAGAUGCGGAAGAAAAAAAGCGUGUGUGUACAUUAAACUUCCAUGCAAAGCUAAUUAAAAGAAGCUUGCACACGUGCAUAAGUCAUACAAAGUGUAGUGAUUUUUUGGUAAAGUAUUCUAGGUAUAAGUGUUUAAAAUAAUAUAUAAAUAAAUAUAAUAUAAUUCUCUACGCUAAAAAAAUGUAUUUAAUUAUUAUCAGCAAUGAUCCUAAUAAAUUGUGUACGUAGGUAAAUUAUGUAUGUGAAGGAAGUGUGUUAUUUAAAAAUCGCGAAGUAUACAUAAAUCAAAUAGGAAGAAAGAAAAAAAAAUCGAGAUCCAAAUGAAUAAUUAUAAUCCGUGCUAUAUACAUAUAUACAUACAUACAUAC